AUGGUAGCAACUCGCGAUGCCGUAGACAAACUUGUUAUGGGGAGAGACCUUACUCCAUACCCUGAACGCCUCGUUAAAUCGACUCCCAACUCACCACACGUCCUCAUCGUUGGCGCAGGCGUCACUGGACUUGUCACUGCAUGGGUUUUGCUCGAUCGAGGAUACAAGGUUACGAUCCUCUCAAAUGGCUUUGCCAAUUUCGGAAAACAGCGCCUGACUUCGCAAAUUGCGGGGGCGUUAUGGGAGUACCCUCCAGCGGUUUGCGGAUCGCAUACGGACACAGUUUCUUUGGCGCACUCGAAACGUUGGUGCAUGACGGCAUAUCACGCUUGGGACAAAAUUGCCGCCGACCCGAUUGUCGGCCAAGCCGCUGGAGUCCGAAUGAUGGAGGAGAUCAGAGACAGCGGAGUUCGUGGCUUCCGACAUGUUGGAACCGGACUUGUUGGCGAGCGGGAUGUGGAAAAGAGCUAUCAGGUCGGAGACGCGUAUGAGGUGUUGUCGCCAAUCAUCGACACUGACCAGGCCAUGCUAUGGCUGACAAGCCUGGUACUCGGGAAGGGCGCUUCGACAGUGACAGAGAACAUUGCGGAUGAUUUACUGGAUUUGGAGGAGGGUUUAUUGGAGCGGUUCGGGGCGGAUGCGAUUGUCAACGCGACUGGCCUGAGCGGAAGCACCGUUGCUGGAGACAAAACAUGCUAUCCUCUACGUGGAGCAUUGAUCCGCGUGAUUAACGACGGCCAAGAUUUCCCCAAGGUCGAGGCUGCUCUGACUAUUUCUGCUGAUGCUGCUCUCGACGGAGAGAUCAUUUUCCUUGUUCCUCGCAACGACAACAUUCUCCUCAUCGGCGGUGUUGCGCAACCCCACAAGGGCACCCUUGACAUGACCCUCGACGACCCAGCAAUCGUUCGCAUGCGACAGCGCGCAGAAAAGUUCCUGCCCGCCCUUAAAAAUGCCCGGCUCGACGAGGAUUACCCCUUAGCGCAAGGUUUGCGACCAUGCCGCGGUAAAAAUGUUCGGGUUGAGCGGGAGAUACGCCGCCGACCGGGAGCAGACAAGUCCAGCAGGAUAGUGCACAACUACGGGCACGGAGGAUCGGGUUGGAGUUUGUCAUUUGGUUGCGCGGCUGACGUGUUGGACCUUAUCGAAGACGCUUUGCGGGGAGAUGAGCCGGUUCCUAUGGCGGAAAGUGGUGUCGUCGUCUGUCCGAGCUGCCACGUUCAUAUUCGUAGCAAAUAA